CAUCAGGCUAGGUUGCAUCGAGCCUGCAUUUACUGGGGUCCAUAGAAAUCUUGACAGUUUCACAGGUGAGAGAGACGUCGUGGGUUAAGCUGCUAGCUCCGGGGUUGUUUUACUUUCUCUUUCAGUUCACCGGUCCUACCAUACGCUUCGAGUCUGGGGUUGCCACAGUCAAAAAACACGAACUCCAAGUCCUAUCACCACGGCACCAUGAGCAGAAAGAAAAAGGACUGGAAGACAGAGAAAGACAGAGUGUUGAAUAUGUCAUUGGAGGAGAGGCGUAAGGAGUACCGUCGGUCUGAAUAUGUACCUCUGGACCAAAUCAACACCUGGAAGCAGUCUCAGAGUACAGAAGUGACAGAGGAAGAGGAAGGGAAGGACCUUCUGAGAGACAAAGUAUCUCUCUACAAGGGUGACAUCACCAUCCUCGAGGUCGAUGCCAUAGUUAACGCAGCCUCCAGUGAUAUAGCCCAGACUAUGUCCAGUAAGUACUGUCAGAGCCUGGACAUGCUGCCCAGUGGACACUGCCACCUUAACCCCCAGAGGCCCCAUGCAGAGGAUUCUAAAUGGUCUGAGUGGUCAGUCUAUCGGUCUCUACACAUUCUCUUCCUCACACCCUGGCUGAGCAAUGUCUUUGUCUUUGUCUUUGACCAUGACUGACUGCCAAAUGCCAAUCAGUCAAGCAUUUCAUGGUAAAGUCUACACCAUUUGUAUUUGCCGCAUGUGACAAAUAAAAUGUGAUUGUUUUUGUCUCUUUCUCUCUCUCUUCCUCUCUCUUUCUCUCUCUUUCUUUCUCUCGCUCUCUCGCUCU